GCGAGCGGGAGGCGUAGGAGCAGCCCAUCCACGAGCAUCCCUGGUUGUCCAUUUCCGGUGUGGCCGCGGAGGCUGCCGGGAGCCGGCGCCCAAACCAGCCCCCCACCCGGGGCAGCCCCCUGCCGCCGGCCCGGACCCCCGAGGGAUGCGACCCCCUGCGCGAACCGUUGCGGCCCCGCGGCUAUGAACGGCGCCGGAGACCCCUACCUCUUCAUUAAAGACAUUAAGCCCGGCCUCAAAAACCUCAACGUCGUCUUUAUUGUCCUGGAGAUAGGGCGAGUCAUCAAGACGAAAGACGGGCACGAAGUGCGACCGUGCAAGGUGGCAGACCGGACGGGCAGCAUCACCAUCUCCGUGUGGGACGAGGUCGGGGGCCUCAUUCAGACCGGGGACAUCAUCCGACUGACCCGGGGGUACGCGUCCAUGUGGAAAGGCUGCCUGACGCUGUACACCGGCCGCGCGGGCCUGCUCCACCGCAUCGGCGAGUUCUGUAUGGUGUACUCAGAAGUGCCAAACUUCAGCGAGCCCCAGGCGGACCCCCGCGGCCCCUUCAGCAGAGCGGUGCCCGGGGACCUGAAACCGACAUCUCCGACCAAGCCCUCGUGUGCGGGGAUGUCUGGGGGAAACGGGGGCCCGAACCCAGGCGAGCCCACGGCCUUCCCGGUGUCCUACGGUCACUCCCACAGCCGGGCCAGGCCCGGGCGAGGCAGGGAUCGGGGGCCUCCCAUGGGCCCCGUCCAGCCGGCCCUGCCCCCAGCAACCAACGGGAGGGACCCCCGUCGGGCCCGGAAGAGGUGACCCCCUCCCCUUUACCCCCGGCCGAUGGGGGCCACUGGCCCGGUCCCACCCUGUGCACUUUCAAGGAUGGCGAGCUGUGAAAACCGACUUAUCUGUGG